CAUUAUAAUUUCAUACGCUAUAUAACCAUAGGAGAUUAUUUUUGUUCCGCUACAGCAUUCGUUUGUAUUACUUAGCAGAACAUGGCUAACAGGCAACUGCGAAGUGAAGUUUUGAAACGCGCCCUGAAGGCAUGCAUCGUCCAACCGGUAAUAAGAAAAUAUCAGGUAGUAGCCGUUCGUGCGAUGUGGGGAAGUGAUGUUGAUGCCCGCGAGGUCAUUUGGGGCAAGAGAAUGCAGAUGGAGAACAUAUUGCUUAGCAACGAACAAGUAUCCUGUUUUUUUUCUUGUAUUACCUAUAUGGCCAGACCUCGUAAGAGAAAGUCGAUGAGGAAUGAAGGGGAGGAAGAAGAAGGAGCCGACUCUAGCAGUGAAGGUGAUAACAGAAACGGCGCAAAUGCGCCUGAAACAUUUCCUGGCAUUUCUUUCUGGAUCGCGUGCGACUUGCCAAACUGUACCUUAAGUCAAUUUGAAACAAAUUUGUCGAAGUCUUUUAUGCAAGCCGGGUUGAAUUUAACAACGUGCAAUGCUAUACAGACAAGAGGUAAAUACUUGAACCUUUUAGUACUUGAAAUACUGUCAAUGUUUUUCGAAUAUUUUACGCCACAUUUGAUAUUUGUAGGCAAAACCAGUGCAUUGCAAGCAUUCUCAGGAUCGUUAUACCAAGUCUUGAAAGACCACAAUAGGGAAGAAGCAAAACGGAUAGUUGAGAUAUCCCAUCGCACAAUGAUUAGGAGUGCAGCUAGAGAUGAAGGUGUUCAACUUGACCACGUUGCUGUAAUGGAAAGCGAACAGUACUCGAUGAAACCCUGUCAGUUAAUUCUAACAAAAAAUAUUGAUAAAGAGGUAUAUCAAGAUGUAAUUCGUGGUUUAUCCGAAAUCAGAUUUACAUCGCUUGAUUUAAAAGUAAUUGAUAAAUCGGAAGGCACAGAAGUAACUAUUCCCGUUAAGCCAACUAACAAACUUUGUCAAUCCGUGGAUAUAGUUCGAAGGAUGAUGGAGAGGAAUAGCUUUGGACUGUGCAAUGGAGGUGUAUACAAAAAAAUAGGAGAAAGCAGAUACACAUACGUUUACUGUUGUUCGGUGAAAAGCUAUCUCUAUCGCUCGUUGAAAAACAAAGCAAUCGCCAACGAAAUUACGCCAAAUUUACGAGAGUUGGUAUUUUUGCUGUCGGACGGCGAGUGUCAAAUAAUUGAUCAAAUAACUCUGGAUUACAAUUACAUUGAAUGCUUGCCAAAUGGAGUUUGUUAUAACAUCGCCAAAAAAUCCCGAACCAAAGCCAUUUAUAGAAGUGAAAAUGUUGGCUCUUUUUCUUUUAACGUGUUGUAA